AUGAACAGAUUGAGAUCUAGAGCGACAAUACCGGAUUCUGAUGACUCACAAUUCAGCGAUACGUCAUUCAAGGAUCCCUCUACCCUCCGCCGAUCAAGUCGAUCAACUCGAUCGGGACCCUUGCCAGCUGGUGGGUCAUCCCUUUCUCAGUCUCGAUCCCAGCGCGUCAUACAGGAUUCCGAAGCUGAGGGGGAUGACGAUCGAUCGGACGCGGUGGCUCCCGAAGAUUGGGCACUGGAACAACCCUCAGUCGUUGUUCCAGUGAAGAACAACUCACCAAGUGAAUCCGUAGCGAACCAAUCCACGGCCUACAGCACGCCAGCCACGAGCGUCGGGCCUAAUACAGACUCGGAUACCAAGGCCCCUCGCACGAUUGCUUCUCAACGCGCAAAGAAACCGCAGUCCAGCGCAUUGCCUAUAGAGGCUUCGGGUUUAUCGACUGAUGAGGAGGGCUCUGAUUUACCACUGGCUAAGAAAAGGUCAACCCAACGAUCAGCGACUAAACCUCACAAUGACAAGGCACCAGUUCGUGUCAAUGCAUCUCAGCGCGUCAAAAAUCUCCAGUCCAGCGCAUCCUCUCUGGGAAAGAGAGGGGCAAAACGAACUGCGUCCAAUUUGACUGAUGAUGAUGCGUCGGAUGCUCCGUUGGCCAAGAAACGAGUGACCAAAAGAUCCGCCGCGAAGUCUCGUGCCCGGGCCCCUGAUAUCGAUGUCAUAGACGCCGCUCUUGCCCGUGCUAUGCAGAUGGAGGAAUAUGGCCAACUGUCCUCAAAACGGGACAAUCAAACGCCCGGCCCAUUGUCAGACGGCGAAAUUAAUUACUCGGCAUUUGAAUCACCUGAGUCACUUGAUUCUUUAGACUCGGCAUCCUUGUCCCCACCAUCACUGGGGUACUCAUCCUCUGAUGAUGACUCGGAUCAUUCAGACGUCCGCGAGGGGCGCCAGCCUUCCCGGAUUGCCGCUCGACCUGCCCGACCUGUCCGACCUGCUGCGCGGCCUGCCACCCGGACAUCUAGCGUCCAAGAAGGCGCCGAUGCAACAGACGAGGAUCUACCUCCAAGUUGGGAAGAACAGCGAAAGGCCAAACGCGCGGAAGCAGAUCGGAAGAAACUUGAGAAGAAACACCCAGCUCUCAGUACCAUGUGGGAUCUCCUCAAAGCCCAGCCUAUCCUACCACCCGAGGCAGCAAAGCAACCAACCUCAAUUACCCGCAAACUCAAACCCUUUCAGCUGGAAGGGUUGAGUUGGAUGAUUAGACAAGAACAAACCGAGUAUCGCGGUGGCUUACUGGGUGACGAGAUGGGCAUGGGCAAAACCAUCCAAGCAGUGUCACUGAUCAUGUCUGAUUACCCUCAGCCGGAUCCUACGCUCGUGCUUGUGCCCCCGGUUGCUUUGAUGCAAUGGGUUGCCGAGAUCAAGGCAUAUACUGAUGGCAAAUUGAAAGUCUUGGUAUAUCACAAUUCUGACCCAAAAAUCAGAAAGCUGACACCGGCCGACGUCCGUAAAUACGAUGUCAUCAUGGUGUCCUAUUCCAUGUGA